UCCUUCUACUGCAGCAAGAUGGGCUUUGAGCCACUAGCCUACAGGGGCCUGGAGACGGGCUCCCGGGAGGUGGUCAGCCAUGUGGUCAAGCAAGGAAAGAUUGUGUUUGUCUUCUCCUCUGCACUCAACCCCUGGAACAAAGAGAUGGGCGACCACCUGGUGAAACACGGGGAUGGCGUGAAGGACGUGGCUUUCGAGGUGGAAGACUGUGACUACAUUGUGCAGAAAGCCCGAGAACAGGGGGCCAAGAUAGUUCAGGAGCCCUGGGUGGAGGAAGACAAGUUUGGGAAGGUGAAGUUUGCUGUGCUGCAGACGUAUGGCGACACCACACACACUCUGGUGGAGAAGAAGAACUACACCGGCCGGUUCUUACCUGGAUUCGAGGCCCCCCUGCUUAAGGACUCCCUGCUUCCCAAGCUGCCCAAGUGUGGUCUCGAGAUCAUCGAUCACAUUGUAGGAAAUCAGCCUGAUCAGGAGAUGUUGUCUGCCUCAGAAUGGUACCUGAGGAACCUACAGUUCCACCGCUUCUGGUCUGUGGAUGACACACAAGUGCACACAGAGUACAGCUCUCUGCGCUCCAUUGUGGUGACCAACUAUGAGGAGACCAUCAAGAUGCCCAUUAAUGAGCCCGCAAUGGGCAGGAAGAAAUCCCAGAUCCAGGAAUAUGUGGACUAUAAUGGGGGAGCUGGAGUCCAGCACAUUGCCCUGAAGACCCAGGACAUCAUCACAGCGAUUCGUAGCCUGAGAGACCGAGGCCUGGAGUUCUUGAGUGUUCCGUCAACCUACUACAAGCAACUUCGGGAGAAUCUCAAGACAGCCAAGAUCCGGGUGAAGGAGAGCAUUGACGUGCUGGAGGAGCUGAAAAUCCUGGUGGAUUAUGACGAGAAAGGCUACCUCCUGCAGAUCUUCACCAAACCCAUGCAGGACAGGCCUACACUCUUCCUGGAAGUCAUCCAGCGCCACAACCACCAGGGUUUUGGAGCCGGCAACUUCAACUCGCUGUUCAAGGCUUUCGAGGAGGAGCAGGCGAUCCGAGGCAACCUCACAGAUCUGGAGACCAACGGGGAGGUGUCCGGCAUGUAGGCCCCGCCCACCGAAGGCCAAGCCCCUAGUACUGGGACACGCCACCUUCCCCGCCCUCAAAGUCAGAUCCGCCGGGUCUCGCUUCCCCAUUUAGACCCCAAUCGACUUCGGGAUCCAAGGCUCCGCCCACCACUGACCACGCCCCCCUGGUUGAGCUACUCUUGUGAUUAAAGUGGACCUGGUCCAA